CUCGAAAGUAAGAGGCCAUUCCGCAGGCGGCUCCUAUUCAGCGCAGAGUGAUGUCCGCGGGCGAGGCAAGGUAAAGGCUGCACAUACCUGGUGCAGUCAUCGUUGCACCCUCGCUUCAUGGUUAUGAGCGCCCCAGAGUGUCUGAAUCCGAGGUUGACACUGCCAGCAGUCACAUAUUGUUCCUACUUUCCGACUCUGCGGCGUCCGGUGAGGUGCGCCAAAUACAGUGAGCUUAGAAGCUUGGAGAGAAGACAGCGACGGUGGCUCAGUCGGCAGGAAUGUAGGUAUAUAAACCAGACGAUCAAAGCACUCGGACCAGCUCCCCCGUUCUGCCUUUCACAGCAUAUCUUCUACACCGAUCCAACAGCAGAAAGCAAGCAAAAAGCACCUCUCCCUCAGAUUCGGACCGUACAAAGCCUUCGAAGCGUAUCACAUCAAAAUGCUCUUCUUCCGCUCUCUGCUGAUCCUCACGCUGGCCUCGGUAGCGAUGAUGAGCAGCGCUAAAGAAAUCAGAGUCAAAUACACUGAGCGGACCAAAGAUUGCAAGAGGGACAUAGAGCUUCCUUGGAACGACGAAGAUGCUCGAACGCUGUAUGUCGGAGAGUGCAUCAAUUGGAAGGGGUCCGAGGCAGAGGCCCACCUCAACGGACU